AUGCAGGGUGAUAUUACCAAAUCAACAGCCUUCCUACGCACAGAACUCCCUGUUAGGGUCGCAAACAUCCUGCAAGAAAUUCACUUGUUACCGAAGAAGCUCCUCACGACGCCAUCGGCGGCUCUAGUAACCCGCUGGUAUGAGGACUCCUUCGAUAACCUAGUUGACUACGAAAAUAUGAAACUAACGCAAAAGAGUUGCGAGGACUACCUGCAGGUUCUUGAAAAGAUGCUCGACCGACAUGACAAGGUAGUCGAGACGAUGGCCUUUGGAGUUAUGGAAAUGCGGGAAGCUCACGGCACCGACAAUGCACUAGAAAAUCAGAUGCAGUACUUUCUGGACCGACUUUAUACGAUGCGAAUUAGUAUUCGUAUGCUCGUUAGCCAGCAUUUGUUGGUGUUUGGCUCAGAAUCUAAUCACCCGAAAAGAUUUGUUGGAUGUAUUGAUCAAGACUGCGACGUUGUGGAGAUACUAAAGGAUGCUUACAGCGACGCGAAAAUGCUGUGCGAUCACUACUAUGCAGAUUCCCCUGAAAUGAAAAUAUCUUUAGCAAACGCUGUCAAUGGGUCAAUAAAAUUCGUUUAUGUUCCAUCGCACCUGUACCAUAUUCUCUUUGAGCUGUUGAAGGUAAGUAAAGCUGGAGAUUCUUACGAAUUUAUUUGA